ACCUAUAUAUUGUCAAAUGUGUCAAUGAGGAAACUUUCAUCAGAAUCACAAUGGAAGAAACCGAAGCAAGAGCUGGGGGGGACCUGAAAUGGAGCAGAGAGACAAUACCUAAGGUUUUGAGGAUCGUGGGCACGAGACUUCCACAGAGAGACCUCAUCUCUCUGUUAUUGGUCAGCCCAUGGAUUCACAGAACUCUCGUCUCAUGCUCUUCUCUCUGGCUGGUUCUUGAUUUUCGGGAGACGAAUAAUGCCGGGAAUCGACUUGUAGCUGCACUAUCACUGAGGGAGCAUCUAAUGAUGGGUUCCAGUCCCUUCUGUUGUGCUGGUAUGUUUCGAUAUCAGCAUGUUAAGCAGAUAAAUCUUGAAUUUGCACAGGAUAUUGAAGACAAACAUCUUGAUCUUCUCAAAACCAAGUGCUUGGAUUCACUUCAAGAACUAGAGUCUUUAAAUCUGAAUGUCUGCCAAAAGAUCUCUGACAGAGGAGUUGAAACAAUAACCAGUGCUUGUCCUAAAUUGAAGGUCUUCUCUAUCUAUUGGAAUGUGAGGGUAACUGAUAUAGGCAUGACACAUUUGGUGAAGAACUGCAAACAUAUAGUUGAUUUGAACUUGAGUGGCUGUAAGAAUAUCACAGACAAAAGUUUGCAACUGAUUGCUGACAAUUAUCCAGACUUGGAGUUGUUGAACUUGACUAGGUGCAUCAAGCUAACAGAUGGUGGCUUGCAACAGAUAUUGCUCAAAUGCUCCUCUCUUCAGAGUCUGAAUCUCUAUGCCUUGUCAAGCUUUACAGAUGAAGCUUACAAAAAGAUAUCACUUCUUACCGAUCUUAGAUUCUUAGAUCUCUGUGGAGCCCAGAAUCUAUCUGAUCAAGGACUUUGCUGUAUAGCCAAAUGCAAGAAUCUGGUGUCUCUAAAUUUGACAUGGUGUGUACGUGUCACUGAUGUGGGAGUCAUAGCCAUUGCUCAAGGUUGCACCUCUCUUGAAUUUCUUAGCUUGUUCGGAAUCGUUGGGGUGACUGACAAGUGCCUGGAAGCUCUCUCGAGAUCUUGUUCAAACAUGAUUACGACCCUUGAUGUAAAUGGGUGUAUUGGCAUUAAGGGACGGAGUCGUGAUGAACUGCUGCAAUAUUUCCCUUACCUGAGGUGCUUCAAAGUGCAUAGCUAAUAUAUUUGUGAUUGCCAUUGCAUUGAGCAGACAUAAAAUCAUUCGUUGAUUUUUCCAGGCCAUGAGAUGCAGCUUGAGGCCAACCCGGUGGUGUUGCGUAUGGGGCGGAAGAUUUAUCAUCUGGAUACUAACAACUUUCUUAUCAGUUAUUUGUACCCUAUGGUAAUGGUCGACAGCCUGUAUUUUAGUUUACAAUGAACAAACAGUGUCAUCAAGAUCUGCCUGUUGAAUUCAUCACUGUCAACAUCUUUGAUUUAAUUGAAUGACAAUGGGCCGUCUUUUAUUUUA